CACGCGGGGCCAUCCUGCUCGCCUUCACUCUCGCCUCGGCCUUUCCUCGCUUCUUCAUGUCAUACCGCGGCUCAUUCCUCACAUUCCUGCUCACGCGUCCGACCAGGAGUCGCCCCGGGACGAACACGGCGGAAGAAAAAGUCAAUAAAAGUAAAAGAAGACGAGGCGCCAACUGUUGCUCCACCUGCCACCGCCAGGGCUAACCUCAACACUCGGGUGGGAUCCCUACAAGAAGGAGCACAACCUGCAACCUGCUACCCCGAGACACUCCAGCAUCCAUCCUUGCUCUGUGGUUCGCUUCCCGUCUUCCCACCACGUCUACGGAGUGGGUGCCGGCCCCCUCCCCCAGGGGUGGGAGCGAGGAGCUGGGGGACGGGCUAGACAAACCCUUGGAGAACGAUGCGGAAGGCGUGUGGAGCCCCGACAUUGAGCAGAGCUUCCAGGAGGCCCUGGCCAUUUACCCGCCCUGUGGCCGCAGGAAAAUCAUCCUCUCUGACGAGGGCAAGAUGUACGGUGUCCAGUCAUAUUCAGGUCCUGGCUCGGCGGAAGGCCAGGGAGAUCCAGGUGAAGCUGAAGGUACGCUACGACCAGGUGGCCAAAGACAAGGCGCUGCAAAACAUGGCCACCAUGUCCUCGGCGCAGAUCAUCUCACCCGCCGCCUUCCAGAACAAGAUGUCACUCCAGGGCCUCUCCAGGCCGGCGUACCCCACAGCCGGCGGGUUUUGGCACGGGGCACUUCCAGGCCAGCCAGGAGGCCAUGAGGACAUUAAGCCCUUCUCCCAGCAGACUUACGCCAUGCAAGCGUCCGGCCCCACCCCCAUAACAGGUUACGAAAGCACUGCAGGUCUGUCCAUGUCCCCCGGGGCCCCCCCUUGGCAGGGUCGCUGUAUCGCCAGCUCCAAGCUGCGAAUGCUUGAGUUCUCCGCCUUUUUGGAGCAACCCCAAGACCCAGAGACGUUCAACAAGCAUCUUUUUGUGCACAUCGGCCAGUCCAACCCCAGCUACAGCGACCCCUACCUGGAGUCUGUGGACGUCAGACAGAUCUACGACAAGUUCCCCGAGAAGAAAGGAGGCCUGAAGGAGCUGUUCGACAGGGGCCCGCACAACACUUUCUUCCUGGUCAAGUUCUGGGCCGACCUGAGCGUGAACCUGCAGGAGGACAGCAGCUUCUUCUACGGAGUGUCCAGUCAGUACGAGAGCUCGGAAAACUUGGUCAUCACCUCCUCCACCAAGGUGUGCUCCUUCGGCAAGCAGGUGGUGGAGAAAGUGGAGACGGAGUACGCCCGCCUGGAGAACGGUCGCUACGUGUUCCGGAUCCACCGCUCGCCGCUGUGCGAGUACAUGAUCAACUUCAUCCACAAGCUGAAACACCUGCCUGAGAAAUACAUGAUGAACAGUGUGCUGGAGAACUUCACCAUCCUUCAGGUGGUGAGCAACAGGGACACCCUGGAGACGCUGCUGUGCGUGGCCUACGUCUUCGAGGUGUCCACCAGCGAGCACGGCGCCCAGCACCACAUCUACCGGCUGGUCAAGGACUGAGGCUGUCACCGUAGCGACGACCUCCGUGAAGCCCCUCCCUCCCCUCCAUCAUAAGGGCUCGCCAUCAUUCCGUGAGCUUGGGGCUGGAAGGUGGCGACCUCGGGACGUCCCCGACGAGGACCGCAGAGACCGCGAGCAGGCCUGGCCGUUGGAAAGAAGAACCGUGAUGCACUUAUGUCACAGGAGCCCUGCAUGAGUGUUUUUGGAUUCUACUUGUGCUUGUUUGGAGUUGUCAUGCAUGUGAAGGCUGACUCAGGGCGCCCCCUGCUGACUGACAGAUGACCAACACCUGCAUUCUUCAAGUGGACUUGUCUCUUUUUCGCUUUUUGUCCUACGGCUUGAAAGUGACUCCAACAAAACGGCACAUAAUAUUAAUGAUGAUAAUAAUAAUAAUAAUAAUGAUAAUAAUAUUGCUACCUUGAAGCACAGUUUUUGCUGAUUGCAUCAUGUCAUUGGCCCUGAAGUGUCAGAUACAAAAUAUAGAUGUUUCUUACGAAAACUUA